CGGAAAUCUUGAGGAAUUCGCCAGAACAGUGACGAACCGGAAAAACGGCAGUUUUUGCCGUGAAAGAUUAAAGCCAAAAUGCGAUUUACCCUGGUACUGCUAGGGUGCUUGUUUGUCGUUUCGGCGCUUGGGGAUCCUAUCAGAGCUAAGAAAGAAGCACCGAGUCCGCAGUAUGGUGCCCCGUCUGAUCAGUAUGGUCCUCCAGCAACUUCUUAUGGUGUACCGGAUGCAAACUUGGGAGCAGGAUUAGGGGACUCUUACGGAGCUCCCCCGCCAGUGCCCUCGGGAUCUUAUGGAGCUCCUGCUGACAGUUAUGGACCUCCGGCUCCCAGCUACGGAGCACCUUCACCUAGUUAUGGCGCUCCGACCUCUGAUCACGGAUCCUUUGGGGGAUCAGGAUCAUUCGAUGGGGGCUUUGGUGGGGGUUCUGGAGGCUUAGGACCUGUUUAUGGUGCUCCUGCACCUUCCUAUGGUGCUCCUGCACCAUCUUACGGAGUCCCAGCUCCUUCCUAUGGUCCUCCCGCGCCUGUUCACCAUGAGCCACACGGUGAAUACAAGAAGAAAUUAGUAUGGAAAGCCGAAUGGAAGCAAGAAUGGAAGACGGAAUCUAAAAUGACAUGGAAACAGGUAUGGAAGAAAAUUCAGGUACCAGUUUGGAAGGAGAUUCAAGUGCCAGCAUGGAAAGAGAUCAAGGUUCCUGCCUGGAAGAAAGUUCAAAAACCCAUCUGGAAAGAGAUCCAGGUUCCCAUCUGGAAAGAGGUACAGGUACCAGCUUGGAAAAAAGUUUGGAAGCCAAUCUGGAAGGAAAUUCAAGUCCCUAUAUGGAAGGAAAUCCAGGUACCAGACUGGAAGAAAAUUUGGGUACCCGAAUGGGUAAAGAUAGGAAUACCUGGCGAACAAUACGUCGGUAAGGAUCACGAGGGAUGGCAAUACACUAGCCAUGAUCUGUGGAAGAAAAAAUUAAUCUGGAAACCUGUCUGGAAGAAGAUUUGGAGAACCGAGAAGAAGCAGGCUUGGGCGACAGACAAGAAAUUGGAAUGGAAAGAAGAAUGGAAACAGAUCUGGAAAACGGAAAAGAAGCAGGCUUGGGUCCCUGACAAGAAACUCAUCUGGAAGGAGGAAUCUGUCCAAGUUUGGGUACCACAAAAGAAACAGAUCUGGGUCACGCAAAAGAAGCAAGUUUGGAAAGACGAGUGGAAGAGCAAAUGGGUGCCUGUCUGGAAAGAAAUUCAAGUACCAGCUUGGAAGAAGGUCUGGAAGCCAGUGUGGGAGAAAGUUUGGGUCCCUGCCGAACCCCAUCAUGAGGAACAUGGUUAUAAAUAAGUACAACAAUAUUCAAUUUACCAACAGUUCGAACGUGACAUACGCAUCAAGCUUCCAUUCGUAUCUCACCGUAUCAGAGGUCAUAGUAUUCCGGCCCUGCCACGUUAUAUCGCAACGCGAAUUUUCCUUGCUGGGAAAUUCUAUUUUAACAAUUAUACAUAUCUGUCAUGUACAUAUAUUUUCAGAGAUGCGAUAACAUGGAAAGUUUUACCAUCCAAUUUAUAUAUGCAUCAAAAUGUCAGCGGGGAAAUAACGAAAACUACCGGUAUCGUAACUGCUGGUAGUCCAAGAGCAACGCGAAUGACGUUCCGACGAAGCGUUCACCGGUCACGAUAGGUGCAUCUUGUAAAUAAUGUUAAUGAAUUUGAGGACGGGUCUCGAUCCGACUGUUAUUUUUGUACUAUUAUACCUAUUUGUUCAUUUUUUAAUAAAAUAAAGAUAUUUUACAAGAAAA